GAAGUAUGACUUUAAAAGAUGUUUCUGGAAUAUCUAAGACUAUAAAAUCUUAUUAUAUUAGAGAAGAGUAAAGAAUAGUGGAAUCCAUGAGUAAGACUUAGAGAAGUCCAAAACGCUUAGCACCAACACAAAAACAAUAACUUAAAAAAGAAGUUUAAGUUGUUUUAAAGUAAUAAGGUAUGGUGAUAGAAACAGAAUCAAAAGAGCAACCCAAAGUGUACAAAAAGUUAGUCAUAGUUGGGGAUGGUGGAUGCGGAAAAACAUUUCUUCUUUUAGCAUUCGCUAAAAACAGAGUACCGGAAAAUUACGUUCCAACUGUUUUUGAGACUUAUACUAAAACAAUUUCAGUCGAACAACAUACGGUCGUUCUUUCGCUGUUUGAUACUGCAGGACAGGAUGCUUACGAUAGACUGAGACCUUUAAUGUAUCCAGACACAGAUAUAUUACUAGUUUGUUUUGCAGCCGAUUCUCCUGAUUCAUAUUAUAACGCCCACGAUAAAUGGAUACCUGAAGUGAAGCACUUUUGUCCGAAUACUCCUCUGAUAAUUGUUUGUACGAAAGUGGAUUUGCGUAAUGAUGAGAACACUAUAAAACGAUUGGCGAAAAUAAAGCAGGUGCCAAUCACAACAGCUGAGGGAAUAAGAAUGGCAAAAUUUGCCAAAGCGGCAUCAUAUAUGGAGUGCUCAGCUAAGACUUUUGUUAAUGUCAGUGAGGUUUUUCAUGAAGCAGUUCAGGUUUCGUACAAAAGCUUGAAAAACAAGAAAAUGAGAAAAAAAAUAAGUCAUUGUGCUUAUAUAUAAUCGUAUAUUGGAUAAAUUAAAUUUAUAUAUAUAUAUAUAUUUAUUUAUUAAACCUAUACUGCUUUCUUGAUCUUUGUUUUUUCAAGGUUUUUGUUCUUUUUGUUGGUUUUUUGAAUCUCCUACAUUUUAAAUGUAAUUUACAAAUAAAUUUUUAUUUUAAUUUUUAGUAGUAAAAUGAUGCUAGAAAAUACAUAUCAUUAAAACGAAUAUUUAUAGUACUGCGCUUUAAGCAUAUAAUGCUUGAAGGAAAAAAUAAGUUCAUAUAAUGUGCAUAUUUGUGUAUAUCUUUUUUAUAAAUUUUUAGAUUGACUUUGUAAAUAAAUAAAAUUUUAAUUA